AUGUCAUCAUUUGUAUGUAAUAUUCCGUCCGAUGUAUCUGCUCCUCCACGAUUUAUCGUUAAUCUAGAUUUAUCUCCAGCAUUAAGAUGGCAACAUAUUCUACGUUUAUAUAUUGAUCAAUUUCGUGAAGUUGAAAAAAAAAUCGAUUCUAUGAUCACAGAUAUCAUUGGUCAAUUCGCAGGUCCUAUGCUUGAAAAAAUUCUAUCAACAAUAAUGUCUGGUAUAACACGAUUAGGUUUAGUUUAUUAUGGACAAGAAUUGAAAGGAUUUUCUGAAAUUACUGGAAUACCAUUAGGAAAAUUAGUAUUAAUACAAUUUGUUUAUGAAUGUUUUGCAUGUUGUACAUCAAUUGUUUGCAAAGAUGAACAAAAUAAUAUUCCAGUACAUAUUAGAACAAUGGAUUGGGAAUUAGAUUUUUUAAAACCAUUAACUAUUGAUGUUGAUUUUCAAAAAAACGGUCAAACUAUUUUUAAAGCAACGACAUGGGUUGGAUAUGUUGGAAUUUUAACAGGAAUGAGAACUCAAGAUGGUUAUUCUGUAUCAGUUAAUUUUCGACAUACAGGUGGAUCAUUGACAACAAAUCUUAAAACAGCUUUAACAGCUGGUUGGCCGAUUGGUUUUCUUGUUCGGGAAGUAUUAGAAUCAACACACACGUAUGAUAUAGCUGUUGAACAACUUGCACAAUCAUCAAUAAUUGCACCAUGUUAUUUUACUAUAUGUGGAACAAGUCAAUGUCGAACUUUUGGAACUUUAUUAACUCGAAAACAAGCAUCAGAAGAAAAAAGAUGGACAGUAUCUGACCAUGGUUCUAUUGUACAAACUAAUAUUGAUCAUUGGAGUUCAGAUAAUAAUGAAGAUAUUUUAUAUUCAAUAAAACGUCGAAGUUUAUCAAGAAAUGUAUUAGAUGAAAUGAAACCAAUUAAUGAAUAUGAAUUAUGGAAGCUAAUAUCAAAAUAUCCAAUAUGUAAUAAUAUAACAAUUUAUGGAACAUUUAUGUGUCCAGAAUAUAAUAUAUAUCAUACACGAUAUCCUCAAGAAAAUGGUCAAUUUAUUUCAAAAGAAAAACCUCAAUUUAUACCAAUGGCAGAUAUCAAAGAUAAUGUAUCUUCGUUAUUAUCAUCCAUUCAUAUUUGUCAUAAAUGUGAACGUGAAUUUAAUAUUGAUGAUAAUGUUGAUGGUAAUUGUAAACAUAUUGGAACAUGGCAUUCUAAAUAUAAUGAUUGUUCUUAUUUAAAAUGUGGUUUCAAUUUGGGUAAAACAGCAUCCAUUGGUCAACAACAUUGGUCAUGUUGUUAUUCGUUAGAUCAUGAAUCGGAUACUUGUAUUGAUCCUCGAGUUGAAAUACGAGAAGAAGUUUGUGAACGAGUAUUAGAAGCAACAAUAUAUAUACCGAUUGAACAAUUAAGUACAACAGAUGACUGUAAAUUUUCACUAUUUGAUAAUGAUCAAUCAACACCAAGACAAAUUGCUUUUGAUAAAAUACGAGCACGUUUAGAAGGAACACGUAUGGCUGAAGAACAAUUAAUGGCAAAAAAACGAACAAAGAUUUAA